AUGGAUCCCUUAUUCUGCUACACCAGCGGACGAUGGCUUUGGAAUGAGCGUAAGCAAUUGGAAGCUCGAUAUCGCUAUUUUGACGUCCCCAGUCUCCAGAAAACGGCCUGUCAAGCCCUUGGCACAGAACGAUGCAUAUCUUUCAAGAAGAUUGGCGAAGGCAACUACAACAAGGCAUACCGCCUUGAGAUGGACAACGGCCAAAAGGUCAUCGCAAAAGUGCCUCACCCCAACGCUGGACCACAAGUACUUACUACUUCAUCGGAAGUGGCGACCAUGGAGUUUGCCCGAACUGUCUUGAAUAUACCUGUCCCAAAAGUUCUUGCCUGGAGUGCUACCGACCAAAACCCCGUUCAGGCAGAAUACAUCAUUAUGGAAGAAGCAAGAGGCUCCCAACUCCACAAAGUCUGGCAGGAUCUUUCGCUGCGAUCAAAAUCAAACGUUAUUCGUGAGUUCGUAGAUGUUGAAAGGAAGCUGCUCUCAGUCUCCUUUAAUAAAUUAGGAUCGUUGUAUUUUAAGGAUUGUGGGAUUGCAGGAUGCAAGCCUGCUGUUGUCACAACUUGUCCGCAAGAUGUUGUUGAUCACAUCGAAUCACGUUAUUCCAUCGGACCUAUCACUCGGAGAGAGUUUUGGAAGGAACAGCACAGUGACUCGCGAUACCAAGGUCCCUGGAUAUCCUCUGCAGAAUACCUAGAAUCUAUCGCUCGCCUUGAGAUUGACUGGAUCAGCUCUCACGCAAACGUUCAGGAACCCAGUAAAUCACCGUGGCAGUAUAUAAGUCCAGAGCAGAAUUCUCCAGAGGCUCACACAGCUUUGUUGCAGAAAUUCCUAUUAAUAAUUCCGCAUAUCACUCCCCAAGAUUCAGAGCUUGUUUCUCCCAGACUUUGGCACCCUGAUUUCCAUGCUGGCAACAUCUACAUCGACGAUCAAGCCAGGAUCUCAUGCGUCAUUGAUUGGCAGGGAGCAUGGAAUACUCCAGUGUUUAUCGGAGCCAACCCCCCGCUGCUUUUGGAUUAUGGAAUUGACAUGCUGAUGAAGCUUCCUGAUAACUUCAAAACACUCAAUGAUGCUACAAAGGAUCAGAUCAGAUACCAAGUGUCUCAGUCUAUCUUGAUUCAAGCGUACGAAACAUUGACGGCAGAGAAGAAUCCUCUGAUGCACAAGGUAAUGCGGCAUUCCCAUGGUCAGACUCUUAAGCAAUUAGAAGCCUUCGUUGGCUCUACCUGGGAUGAUUGUCUCUUUCCUCUUAAGGAAUGCUUGAUCCGCGUUGAAAGAGAAUGGGACCACUUCGGUACUAACAAACCGUGUCCGUAUCGUUUUUCACCACAACAAAUCCAACAACACCACAAAGAGGCAGAGAUGUUCAAUAAGAGUCAGGAGUUUUGGAGACGUUUUUAA